UGGGGGGGGGGGAUGGAUAUUAGAUUUGCGUGGAAAAGGGAGAGAGAGAAGUUUGACAUAAAUGAGAGCGGGAGUUUGGUGAUAAGGGAAACGCUAGGAACCGAUAUAAGAUUUACAGAUCAGGUGGGCUGGUAAUUUGAAGAUAAGAGAAAAGAUAUUAAAGCUUUGUAAACGGAGAAAGAGUAAAGAACUUGAAUGUAAAUCUUAAGGAAAGGGAAGAAACAAUGAAUACAGUUGAAACUUUAAUAUUGAAUAUUGAAAAUUAAUAUUUAAAUGCGUGUGCAAAUGACCUAAGAUAACUUAUCGAUAUAUAUAUAUGAAAAACAUCCAUGUUCUGCAAUAGGUUUAAAAUAAAUAUGCAGGUUUAAUUUAAAUUUCAAUUCCUCAAAUCUGCUUUAUCCAUUUGUUCACCAAUUCCAAGCAAUAUUAUAUUUGAAAAACGUAUUUGUUUUACCGUUUUUUGUAUUCCUGAUAAGACAUAAGUAGUUUCGAGCAAGCUAUCAAUUUAACAUGUUAAUGUAACUUAACCACAUUUAAUGUAAUCUGAACUCUCCACACCCUCCGGCUUUUCAUGGGUUAAGCAAAAAGAGAGUUGGAAAUGUUCAGAAGAUUUCCAGGCUCUCAUUCUUUCUUUCAUUUCGAUCAAUACAUCGCCUUUAUGCAAGAUCUGACCUAUAAAUAGUCAUUCAGCCAAAGCAACUCUCUUAUCUCUUGUUUCCUUGACUCUUGCUGAUAAGCAGCGGGAAAUCAAAGUUAAGGAAAUGAUUUCCAAAUCCCCACAGUGUUAGUCCACUUAGCUGCCAAUUUCCUAGCCAAACAGCUUCCAGUUCAAAAAAAAAAAAGUAUUGAGCGUGUAUGUGUAUGUGUGAGGCCUCAUAACUUUCCACGGCGGGUCGAAACUUGUGAAAUUCUUGGCUACCAGCAGAGAAGCUGUUAGUUACCCAGCUCCCAGCUCCCAAUCACCUCGACAGCAGCUGGGCCAGCUUUUCAGCCCGCUUUUCCAACCCCGAUAGCCCCCUCCCCUACAUUUUUCACCCUGCCCUCGCCUAACAACAACAACAACAACAACAACAAAAGCAGCAGUGAAACACACUGUCGCCGGCAGUUUUUGCCCAUAAAAACAGCAACGGCAACGACGAAAACGAAAAUUUAACGACUGCGCAACGUGACGCAUUAUUUGUCUGGCUUGGCUUGGCUUGGUCUUCUGGUCGGUCUCUUGUCUGCUCUGCUCUGCUCUGCCGUGCUGUGCCUGCAGCAAAGCUGUAGCUGCCGCCAGAAAUUGCUUUUGCUCGCUGGAAUAUACAUGCAUACAUAUGUAUGUAUAUGCCUGUGAAUGUGUGUGCUUUGCGGCCUGUGCCUUCGCAUCCGCUCCCCUUGCGCCCCCUGUCCCCCCUCCCCUUCGCACACUCCGAAGUCUCCACACUCCGCACGCUGCCGUUUUUAGUAUUUCGCACUCUGUGCACGGCAAACAUUUUUGCAUGACUGACUGAAUGCCGCCGCCUGCGCCUGACUCACACACACACAAUCACCACAUGUCCACAUCCACACCGAUGCACUGGGGCCAUACAAUGCACUCGAAGAAAAUGUGGGAUGGGAAGGGGUGUACUGUAUUGGUAAUUAGUUGUGGGAAGGAGUAAACACCUAAACUUUCUUAUCAGUAAUAUUUACAAAAAUUGUAGAUUUUACCAUUUUUUUUUUUCAUAUGAUGCCAAGUGCUACAUAUAAAUGAUUGAUUCUUAUGUUAUUCUUAAGUUAUAAUGUAAUUUUGAAAUGUAUGCACUCCUUGCAAUCCUCAAGAUUUUUGAAAUGGAAUACUAAAACUAUUCACCUGUUUUUCCAAGUGUAUCCAGUGCAGUGCGGGAGGGUUGGGAGCAGGGAGAGACAGAGUCAGCGGAACCGGCAGCGUAUUGGAAGUUGGGGCGGGAUGCAGCGGGGCAGAGGGGCUGUCAGGCAGGCUCGUGGAGUAACCGUUGGCUGGUUGGUCUCUCGGUCGUCGCUCAUCGCCGUCUGUUCCUGUCUGCCCCGCGCCCUCUCGCCCGCCCUGGCGUGUUUAUAAUUUGAUUUCGCUGCUUCUUUCCUGCCGCGUCCUCUUCUUCAUUUGCUUAUGGCUGGGGAGCAGAAUGCGAGGGAGGGAGAAGAUGGACCAUGGGGAGCAGAGCGAGCAGCGCGGCAUUUCCUGUCGCCCAGCUCGAUUUUGGGCCUAAGCCCAAGGAAGGAAUCUUAAUGAAGUUAUUGUGUUAACAGUUUGGAGAGCACUGGCUGCUCAUUGAUGGUCGGGGAUCGCAACUAACUCGUGGGUGGGAGCGAGAUGGUUUUAGUGAGUGGUCAAGAAGCCGAUUAAAGCUCUUCAUUUCUCUCAGUGAGUUCGUAUAGUGGUGUGCAUGUGUGCCGUUGGAGCAUGCAAUUGCAAUUCACCGUUAGCUGAGCGGACAAGUGAGCCAGCAGGAGUUGCCAAUUAAAAAAAAGUUUGCCCGCGAAAUAGAGACAAAAGUGCAAAAUAAAAUAUAUACAACUCACUCAAUCGCUUUGAGCGCGCUAAGAUGGCGCCAAAAAAGUCCACCAUCGUGCUCAAUGUGGAGCAGUUUAUUCACGACAUCGAGGAGCGCCCGGCCAUCUGGAACCGCAACUUCCAUUGCAACAAGGCCUUCCUCGAGCAGAUGUGGGACGAGCUGAGCGGAGCGCACAAGCUGCCAAAGAUCGUUCUCAAGGCCAAGUGGAAGGGACUUCGAGACAAUUUCCGUGUGGAGUACAAAAGGAUACCGCGGGCAGAUAACGGUGAUUUUAUGGUGGAUCCGGCCACCUUUGAGUCCAAAUGGCUGCACUAUUAUGCAUUGUUGUUUCUAACUGACCACAUGCGUCAUCGUUUGCCAAAGAACGAACAGGAUCAGUCAUUUUACUUUAACCAGCAAAGCGAGGACUGUGAAAAGACAGUGGUGGAGCCGGAUUUAACAAACGGUCUAAUACGUCGUCUGCAGGACAGCGACGAGGAUUACGACGAGGAGGAAAUGGAGGCAGACGGAGAGGCUAGCGAAGCCACCAUGGAGGAAACGAUGCCCACGCCUCCGGCUGCGCAUCAAAUGAAUCAAGUUAGCACCACACCACUUGCCACCGGAGCUUUGAGGGCACAAGAAGAGGCACAUCAGCACGCUUUAAUCAAGGCAGGAUUAUUGCGCGCUCAGUUGAUGGAGCUAGAAAAGGAGGCGGAGGACUUGAGCAGAAAGCCACCUCCGCCACAGCAACAGACAUCUCCAGUGGCACCCUCACUACAAGUGCUGGUGGAACCACCAUCCGCACACUGUUCUCCACCGCCAAUGGUGACCACCACAUCCGCACAAGUACAACAACCUGGCUCAGCAGCUGUUCUGGCGCCGGCAACGACCACAUCCGCGUCAUCUGUAUCCUCAAACGGAGCGCCAAUGGGCGGCAAGAGAUCUGUGUCGCCACCGCCACUAUACAACAAAGCACACCAUCCGCUGGCCACUCUGGCAGCAGCACACCUUGCGGCCAAAGACCGAAAUGAGGAUUUCGGAGCCACCUCUGCUGUAGGAGGAAACGGCGAUCACCUGAGCUUCACUCAACACUCCUAUGCCAAUGGACUGAUACCCACCCUUAAGCUGAAGCGGCCGCGUCUCUCCGAGGAUAGCAACUUUAAUGGUUCCUCGACAAUGGACACUCCGCUCGUACCAGAGGACGAUGACUACCACUACUUGCUCAGCCUGCAUCCGUACAUGAAGCAGCUGACCGCAGCCCAAAAGCUGCGCAUACGCACCAAGAUACAAAAGCUCAUCUUCAAGGAACUCUACAAAGAGGAUCUGGAGGAGUCCAAGUAGUGGAACAGCUCAGAACGCCUAGAUUAAGCUCAAGACUGUACAUACGCCCACUAGCCUAGAUCGUAAGCAUUAUACUUAGUUCGUGUCCAUGCCAUGCUAUUUGAUUGAUUUCUAGUUGAGCGCCACUCCAAGGAAAGCUGGGAGUGCGCCAUUUACGCCUAAGCACAAAUACCCUGGAAAUAAAAAUGUAACAUUUAAAUGAU